CCAAUUCGGAACGUCCGUCCGUCCAUCCAUCCAUCCAUUCCGUCCUCUCCGCCAUCCUCUCUUCCUCACCAAACGCCGACAUGGAGGCUCGCAACGGCAGAGUGGCUUCCAAGGAGUCAUCUCCCAUGUCGUGGCUCGAUGCGGUCGAGCAUCGCCUUGACGAGCACCUGCACGCUCAGGCUAGGAAGGGCGGCGUACGCGGCUCCCUGUCGCGUCAGCUCCUCUCCUGCGGCGACUGGCUAGAGGACGAGGUGCGCUCACGGCGAGAAGCCAUCGGUGGCAUCGACAACAUGUGGCUCGCCUUGUCACACUACGAGUUCAAUCCUGUCUGCGUCGCCUCGUAUACCCUCAAGGAGAAGCCCUCGACCGAGGCUAUCGUCGACUCGUUUUGGAAGCUCACCGAUCAAUUCCCCAAGUACCGCUCCAAGCUCGUCAAUACUGGCCGCCGCUUACAUGGAUCUGAAUUCACGACCGAUAUGCAAUUUGAUAUCCGCAACCACGUUGCCUUCAAGAGACUGCCUGAGCCUGCCGGGCCUGUCGAGCUCGACAAUUACAUCGCCCAGGUCGAAGCGCUGCCGUGGGACUUUGACAAGCCGUUGUGGGAGGCGACGAUCCUCGACAACUACCGUGAUGCGCAGGGAGCUCAUGCUGCUCUCGUGAUGCGCGGGCAUCAUUCUGCUGCUGAUGGCCAGGGCUUCGUCAUGAGCCAGCUCAGUGUCACCUCGUAUGCGAAGGAGCUCGACCGUCUCCUCGAUGAUGCGAGCCAUCUCAUUCACGACGCCAAGCGAGGUACUGCGAAGCCAUCUAAGCUGCACAAGGCUCUCAAGCCACUCGAUCGCUUCCACAAGACGUUGCCCCUCCAGCUCGUCUUGUUCGCCCUCUUCUGGACCUUCCUCGUCAUCUCGGGCAUCAUCGAGGGCGUCUACUCCCUCUUUCAAGGCGCCUACAUGACUGCUCUCUUCUUGUUGACUUCGUGGAGAAGUCCAAAGGUGACCGCACGCCACCAAGGUCCCCGACCCUCAGAGAAGGAAUUCGCCACAAGCAAGGCUUUGCCCUUGAGCGAGGUCAAGCUGAUCCAAACAGCAUUCAGUGGCGGCGCCCCCGGCAGCUUACGACAACGCAUCCAAGGCGGUCCAAAGAAUCACACCGUCUUUGGCCACCUCACCCUCAACGACGUCCUCUGCACGGUUCUCGCCGACGUCAUUGGCGCAGAGCUGCAUCAACCCCCUCCUCUCCCACGCAACGCCUCCCUGCUCCGCAAGCUCUGGUGGUCCUUCGUCGACACAACGCAUCACUUCAUGCCUCGGCCUGUCGCGCUCAUGAUCCCCAUCUCGAUCCGCAAGCCAGGAGACUGGAGCAUGCGCAACUGGUCUACGGGGGCGCUCGCUUACCUGCCCAACGACGGUAAGCUCCCCAAGGAGCCCAUGGCGCUUUGGAAGAGGCUGCAUGGCAGUAGCAGUGCGCUCAGUAUUCUCAAGCAUGGCUGGCUGCCAAGAUUGAGCUUCUGGCUUAUUCAACUGCCUACGGGCCAGAUCCCGCUGCUCUUCCCGAGCCCUCUGUGGAAGCCUUUCGACUUCAUCGGGAAGGUGAUCCUCAACUUGACGCUGACUUCCUUCACAGCUGUCCUCACCAAUGUCCCGGGCCCAAGCUCAGGCGGCAUUAAGCUGGCUGGCAGCGAGAUCAUCCGAUGGAGCGCUGCUCCUCCUCAAGCUGGUCCAGGCACACUCGGUAUCGGCGUCAUUACGUACGGGGAUGGAGUCGCUGUCACGAUCAUUGCGGACCACGUCGCAGGCACAGAGGGAGUGGCGAGGCGGCUGUGCAAGAACUUUGAGCGACGAUGGCAAGACUACGUCAAGGCUUCGCAGCGGGUGCUUGAUGAGGCUGGUAAGGGGAAGAAGGAAUGAUGAGCUCUGCAAAUUGCCACUAUCCUGCCGUCGUGAAGGUGUGAGUGAGUGGUUUUUUCUCGAAGUGGCGAAGCGUCAAGUCAGGGACGAAAGUGCGUGAUCGCUUGGAGGUGCAGAGUCGACGGCUUUCCUUCUUUGAUCACAUUGCAAUCUCGAGCG